CUCCCUCAUCGCGUUUUAUUAUUCCCGUCGUUCUUCAUUCGGCCCUUCGCCGCUGCUAUAUUUCGCGGCCGCCUUGCCUCCUAAUAAUAGCCGCCGCGGGCAGUGGAUACCGACACCGCCACCGCCAUGGGAGCGCUCGAGGAGGCCCACCUCGCGGCCGCCGCGUGCGCGUGCGAGGAGGAGGAGGAAAGCGACUACAUCGGCUUCCUCGCAGGGGAAGCGGCGGCGGGCGACGCCGUGGAGCCGGCCGUGCGCGCCCUGCUGCUGGGGCUCGGUGAGGACGACCGCCGCGAGGGCCUGCUCCGGACGCCCAAGCGCGUCGCCAAGGCCUUCCGCGACGGCACCCGAGGCUACAGGCAAAAAGUAAAAGACAUAGUGCAAGGUGCUCUGUUUCCAGAGGUUGGUGUGGAUAAAAGGACUGGAUCUGCUGGUGGAACUGGCGGGCAAGUAGUUGUUCGAGACAUUGAACUUUUCUCCUAUUGUGAGUCAUGCUUGCUUCCAUUCAGCAUACAGUGCCAUGUCGGGUAUGUUCCCUCAGGUGGAAGAGUGGUUGGGUUAAGCAAGCUUUCUAGAGUAUCUGAUGUCUUUGCCAAGAGAUUGCAAAACCCUCAAAGACUAGCUAAUGAAAUCUGUGGUGCACUGCAUGCUAGCAUUCAACCUGCUGGUGUGGCUGUUGCUCUGCAGUGCUGGCACAUUCCUUUACCAGAAAACUUGGAAUGCAAGACUUUGGAAGGUUGGAUUAGAACUUCACAUUCAUCUCGCUCUGGAGUCUUUGAAGGUGAAAGCAGCACUUUCUGGAGUGACUUCUUGGCUCUUGUUAAGCUUAGGGGCAUAGACGUGGAGGCUAAGGACCGUACUGUUUCUAUUCCUUGGUGCCCUUUAAGGUCUCAUGAGGUUCCACUCUCUAACGGGCUCUGCAAGAAAAACUCAACUAAUGGCAUGGUUUCUGCUGUUACCUCGAUGCUCUUAUCACUCGGAGAGGACCCCCUCAGGAAAGAGCUUUUAGGCACUCCUCAGCGUUAUGUGCAGUGGCUGAUGAAGUUCAAAGCAUGUAAUCUACUAGACGUGAAGCUGAAUGGUUUUACACUUAGUAAUGUUAGCUUAUAUGAGAGGACAGGUGGAGGCACAACUGAUCAUGGAGCAAUCAGAUCGGAGCUGCACUUGCCAUUUUGUGCUCAAUGUGAACACCAUCUUCUGCCCUUCUACGGAGUAGUUCACAUUGGGUACUUUGGCAAUGGAAGCGGAGAAGGCAUUGAUCGGUCGCAUUUUCAGGCGUUGGUUCAUUUCUACGGGUGCAAGCUUCAGGUUCAAGAAAGGAUGACAAGGCAGAUAGCUGAAGCGGUUUAUUCAGUUUCGCACAAUGGGGCCAUGGUCGUUGUUGAGGCCAACCACAUUUGCAUGAUCUCAAGGGGGAUAGAGAAAAUAAGGAGCAACACGGCAACAAUUGCAGUUUUGGGCCAGUUUUUGGCCGACCCUUCUGCCAAGGCGUGCUUCUUACAGAAUGUUUUGGAUUCUGUUGGUUCUGCGGUAUGAAUCGUAUCGCAAGCAGCAAAGAAAAAAAUGUCUAGUUGGAGUACUAUCCAGCAAUUGAAAUUUUUAGCAAUCUACUGGUCUAGCAUGAUUCUUCUCGGGUGCAAAUUUGUCACCUGUGGGACUGUACCGAGGAUGUCACAAGAAAGCACCAAAAGGGUUUUGGUUCUCUCGUGUUGUACCAUGUCACUUGUAAGGCACUUCAAAUAAAAAAGAAAUAGUAAUAGUUACAACUGUGCCAAGAA